AUGGCAUCGGCCUCGCUCCUCGCACCGGGCCGGCACGAUCCGCUCUCGACCAUCACCCUCGACGGCAUCUCCAUCUCCGCCACCGACAGCGGCGAUAGCGAUGCCGAUGACUCCUUCCACGACGCCGAGGAUGCGCCAAGAUCGACAAAGGAACAGCAGAGAGCCGGUCAAGUAGACAAUGACGACGACGACGACGAUGACGACGAUGCACCGCCAGCAUUCCCUAGCCUCAACAGCGCACAGCGCCAGUCGGGCGCCCCUCCCUCUUCCUCCUCCUCCUCAUCGUCCAAGCCCUCUUCAGCUGCCGCCUUCCUCCAGUCCAUCAAGGCAGCACCACCAUCAUCUGCGGCUUACAAGGCUUCAAAGGACGCAGCGCUCAUGCCUCCGCCACCUCCGACCCUCGGCGGCGGCGGCGGCGGCGGCGGCGCAGCAGCAGCAGCAGGAGGGUUGCGGGUGCCCACACGAGGCAAUGGCAGUGGCGGCGGCCUGGCGGUCCCGCCCAGCACCUCGGCCCUCAGCGCCCCUCCUGGCGUCGGCGGUGCGAGCGGUGCGACGCUCAACAAGGGCGAAAAGAAGCGCAAAAAGGUCGCCCUCGCCCCCGGCUGCUCGCCCCUCGACUGGGCCAGGCUCAAGAACAGCACCGACCUCCGGGGAGGCAUCACGCAGCUGAUGCGCGUGACGCCGAGCGAGCUCAAGAAGCACAACACCCGCACCGACGCCUGGUCGGCCUUUUACGGAAAGGUCUACAACAUCACCCCCUACCUCCGCUUCCACCCGGGCGGCGAAGACGACCUGCUCCGCGUAGCCGGCCGCGACGGCACGCGCCUCUUUGCCCUCACCCACUCCUGGGUCAACAUCGACGCCAUGAUCGAUACCGCCAUGGUCGGCGUCCUCGUCUCCGAAUAG